GGGAGAUACAAGUUAUGAAGGAGGCAGUCUCGACAAGGGCCAGUCAUCUUUUUCUGCACCUCCAACGAGCCCCUUCAUCCUUCCUGUAUGGUGGAUAUUAUUUUCAGCUCUUCUUUCUUGGGUGAUAUGGGGGAUCAUUCCAAAAAGAAGCCAGGAUUCGCCAUGUGUGUGGGAUGUGGAAGUCAGAUCCAUGACCAGUACAUACUGAGAGUCUCCCCGGACCUGGAGUGGCAUGCUGCCUGCCUCAAGUGUGCAGAGUGCAGCCAGUACCUGGACGAGACCUGCACUUGUUUUGUCCGGGACGGGAAGACCUACUGCAAGAGAGAUUACGUCAGGCUUUUUGGGAUAAAAUGUGCAAAAUGCAACCUGGGAUUCAGCAGCAGCGACCUGGUGAUGAGGGCCCGGGACAACGUCUACCACAUCGAGUGUUUCCGCUGCUCCGUGUGCAGCAGGCAGCUCCUACCCGGAGACGAGUUUGCUCUCCGGGAAGACGAGCUCCUGUGCCGGGCCGACCACAGUCUGCUGCUGGAUAGAGGAUCCGCCGGAAGCCCCAUCAGUCCCGGACACAACAUGCACUCCAACAGAACCCUGCACCUGGCAGACCCUGUGACGGUCCGGCAGGCCCCGCAUCGGAACCACGUCCACAAGCAGUCCGAAAAGACGACUCGGGUUCGGACGGUGCUGAACGAGAAGCAGCUGCACACGCUGCGGACGUGCUACAACGCCAACCCCAGGCCCGACGCUCUCAUGAAGGAGCAGCUGGUGGAGAUGACCGGCCUCAGUCCGCGGGUCAUCCGGGUGUGGUUCCAGAACAAGCGGUGCAAGGACAAGAAGAAGUCGCUGCUCAUCAAGCAGCUCCAGCAGCAGCAGCACAGUGAUAAGACUGUAAGCAUCUUCAACCUGCAAGGCCUGACGGGAACACCUUUAGUUGCCGGAAGUCCCAUCCGACAUGAGAGCACAGUGCAGGGGAACCCGGUGGAGGUCCAGACCUACCAGCCUCCAUGGAAGGCCCUCAGUGAGUUUGCCCUGCAGAGUGACCUGGACCAGCCGGCCUUCCAACAACUGGUGGGUGUCGUUCUCUGAGUCGGGCUCUCUGGGCAACUCAUCCGGAAGUGACGUCACAUCCCUAUCCUCUCAGUUACCGGACACCCCCAACAGUAUGGUACCGAGUCCUGUGGAGACGUGAAACGAACUCCUCUGAUCUGACCCAUGACCCCCCCCCUGCAAAUACAAUUGCAGCAUGCCACCCUCCGCCCCCCCUCCCCCCACUCCAUCAUUGCAUGUGACCAGCGCAUCACAUCAACCAGAACAUGGAAAGGAUUUUUUUUUUGUGGAAUGAUCGUGGAGAAGACAACGGAUGGAUGUUGCAUGAAGAAAGAAGAUGUACAGAAGAUCACCCCCCCCCCCUUCAACCGCCCCCCCCUCUCCCUCCAAAAUGGAUAUACAACUUUAAUAUUCCAUCAUGAGACUUAACAGGGAACAGUUUGGGAACACUACACGGACUUCCUUCACAUUUCAUUGUGAUUUUUUUUUUUUGUGUGUGUCUUGUUUCUUCAACGUGAUCUUUUUUUUUUAAACGUAAAAAAAAACUCUUUGUCUUAAAAGCCGAGCAUGAACAAAAAAAAAAAUAGAUGAAAAAUUUAUUCGUGUUGUAAAAUACAGAACCCCCCCUUUCCCCCCCCCCCACUAAAUUAUUGUUAUAUUAUUUAUUGUCGAUUCCUAACCGGAAUAUUACGUGAUUUAAAUAAUGAUAAUGAAAAUAAAAAAAAGCUGAAUACACAACAGUGUUUGCUCCUGAAGUGCAAUAUUUAUUUAUUUAAUGUUUAAUUUAAAUUCCCAUGUAUAUAAAUGUUAAAAAAUAUAUUUUUAAAAAACUCUACAUGUUCAUAAAUCUCAGUAAUUUCCGACAAGUGUUGAAAUGAAUGCUGCUCCUCCUGUCCUAUCUAGUACAAUUGUGCAGCCUGGAGCUCAUGUUGGACAUCACUGCCUUUUAGUUUUGCACUUUAAUGCCGCUCAGUCCAGUUCCUCCGGUCUGUGCAGACGGCGUCCAGCUUAUCAGCUUCUGGCAUCACCUGAUACACACACCGAGUGGAUGAGACCCACAACAAAAACACCAAACCCCCCAUUCCGACCCCCUCAUUUGACAAGGAAACAGCCUGCAGCGAAUGAAGCCUGGGACGUUUCUCCUUUUUUUGCUUUAUUUCCCUCAAUUAUAUCACUUAAAAGCAUGCAGUUCUUCCACCAUUAUGUUGACAAAUUUAGACCAAAAACUGGACCUUUAAUGCAUUAACAAAUUUGGUCUAUAAUAUAUUUAAAUCAACAGCCGCCAUUAUAAAUCUAAAUGUGUAUUUUUUUUAGAGAAAGAUGCAAAUCUCGAUGUUUUAAUGAUGAGAUUAAAAGACAGAGUGUAGACAAUACAUUAGUAAUUGCCCCCCCCCCCCCAAAUAAGAUAAGUAAACAAUGCAGGUAGAUUAAGAUAAGAAACAGAUUAAACGUGGAAUAACAAUGAGGCUUAAAAAGCAAGAAUGCACCCGUUGCCGCUGAAAAGAAACAUCGAUUUCCACUUAUAAAUGACAAAACUGUUUAAAAAAAAAUAUUUUUGCACUUUAAAAAAUAUAUCUCUAAAUGCUUGUAUUUGUUUUAUUGAUUUAUUUGAUGAUUUAGCAUUGAAGGUGUUAUGCUAGGAGGGCCAUUCCAUUCCGAAGCGAAAUAAAAACAGUCGCACGUGAACUUCUCACGUGACUGCCCCCGUUUUUUUUUUUUUUAUCGCGGAAGUCCUUAACCUAUUAACGCUAUUUGACAAGCUCAACUUUGCGCGCUCCCGAGCCCAAGAGCGUGCGUGUCAGGUUGCGAAUGGACGUGCGAGAGAGUGACACACCUAUACGUGUCAUCAAUGAUUGAGAGGCAAGAGUCCAUUGAAAGGUGUGACGUCAGCAACUAAUUGAUAGCAGGGCAGCCAGUAAUGAGAUCAGCUCAGGACACGCCCACCCGCACCUUCAUCUUUAUUUCUCAUUAUUCAGUCACUUGGCUUUUAUUUAGCAUUCCAAUACAGAAACACUUAUUCCCGAUUAAAAAACAUGUUUAAAAAGAAAACAACCCCUCCCAAAAUGAAUUUUUAAAAAUAGAUUUAAACUAAUAUAAUAAUGGCAUCAUAAUAAAUUAAGACUUGUUUAUUUUAGUUUAGAAUAUCACCAUAAUUAAUCUCACUUUGUAUAAUAAAUUGUGAUUUAAUUUAUCCAAAAAGUAAAAAUGAAGCAUUAUUUAAUUACUUUUGUUGUUAAAAUUAUUUGUAAUUAGUGAUCAAUGAUCUUAAUUUAUUAACUCCACUUUUUUCUUGUACCGUGAUUAAUUAUUAUUUUAUGAUCCUCCAUCCAUUCAUUUUUCACGGGUUGCUGGUAUGCUGGAGCCUAUCCCAGCUAUCUUCAGGCAAGAGGCAGAGUCCACCCUGGAUUGGUGGCCAGCCAAUCACAGGGCACAUAUAGACAAACAACCAUUCACACUCACAUUCAAUUUGGCAUUGCCAAUUAACCCAGCAUGCACGGAAGAAACUAGAACUAUAUAACCACUCAUCCACCGUGCAGGCCUUUGUAAAGUUCUUCUUAAAAUUAUUUUAUUAAUGUGCACUUGAAACAGCAAAUGAUAUGAUAUCACAUUUAGUGUGUAACCAUAUUGGCCCUUGGCACAUUCUAUAUACAAUAUAUA